AUGCCGUACUGGCUACCGAUUAUCGGUCAUGUCCCGAACCUCGUCCUCAAUUCCGACGGUUUCUUCAAAUCCCUCCGAGACAAAAUCACCGAAGGCAUCGUCGCCCUGAAUCUCGGGGGCACUCGACACAAUGUCAUCUUCACACCCGCCCUCACUGCUGCCCUCUACAGUCCCAAAGUCAGCCCACACGUCGACGGCGAUGCCGUUUCCCAGAAGCUCAUGGUCAGCGUCUUUGGCUACCCGGCGUCGCAGCGAAAAGCCUACGAUGCCGCCAUCCAUGACAUUCUCGCCUGUUACAAGCAUCUCACCUCGGAGCCGCACCUGGGUAAGAUGGCCGCCAGCAUCAGCCGCGACAUUCGCGCGAACAUCACCGACCUCGUCACCUUCAACCCCAGCCUCGUCGACCAAAUGCCCUGGGAGCGGGUCGCCCGAGCCGAACUCGUCACCACCGCCCUCGGCGAGACCGUCGUCGAAGCCGACUUUUUCACCCUGAUCCGCGACUUUUGCGCCAACACGGCCAUCCCCACCCUCUUCGGCACCGACCUCCUGUCGAACGCCCCGGACCUGAUCGAAAACAUGUGGACGUACGAUCGCGGGUUCUUCCUCCUCUCCACCGGUCUCUCCCGCUUCGUGCCGAUCCCGGGUCUCGCGCGCGCACACAUCGCCCGAUGGAGGUGUCUCCUCGAGUUCGAGGCCUUCCACACCGCGCUGGACAAGCAUUCCCGCGGCGAGGAUCCGGGCUCGAAAUGGUCGAAUCUGCAGGAUGUCGGGAGUUUGAUCCAGGCGAGAGUGCCCGUGUAUCAGAAACACAAGCUCAGCAUGCGCGCCCGGGCGGCGUGUGAAAACGCCCUGUUCUGGGGUUCCAACGCCAACUCCAACCCUCUCGUCUACUGGAUGCUCCAACACAUCUACAGCGACCCCGCCCUCCUGGCGACCAUCCGCGCCGAGAUCGCGCCCCAUCUCGACAUUGAAGAAUCUGCCUCCUCGGGCCUACCCAUCUCCGAACCCCGCCGGCUCGCCCGUCUGGACCGCGACGGCCUCUGCUCCUCCUGCCCGGUCCUGAAGAGCGUCUACAUCGAAUGUCUCCGCCUGGACACGGCCAGCUGGUCGCUGAAAGUCGUGCAAAACGACGUCGUCCUGCGCGCGAGGAACGCCGAUGGUGGCGAGAAUGUCGAUGGCAGCAGCAGCAGCGGUGGCGGUUAUGUGCUCAAAAAGGGAGACUAUGUCCACGCCGCCCACGACCUACACAACACCGACCCCCGCUAUUUCCCGGACCCCCUGACCUGGAAAGCGGAGCGCCACGUGAAAUUCGACGAAGGCGGAAACCCGAAAAGUGCGGAUCUGGGCAGCAUUCGACCCUAUGGCGGCGGAUCGAGCAUGUGCAAAGGCCGACAACUCGCCCUCCAGGAGAUCCUCCUCUUCGCCGCAGCCAUCAUCGCCAUGUGGGACAUUUCCCCGGCCAAAGGCGCGCCCUGGAGGAUGCCCGCGAAACGCCGCGCCACCGGGGUUUACAGCCCCGCGGGGCCUGAUGUCCGAGUUUGGAUCCGUCCGAGGACGUCAUGA